CUCUAACCAGGGAAGUGUAAUUGAGAAGUUAUAGAUAGCUUGCGGGAUAUCCCGGGAGUGUUACCUCAAUCAAGGAAGAUACUUAUCAUAACUAAGUAUACCUAUCAUUUGACCAGAUAUGUGGAUGUGUGAUGUUACUUCUAAAACCACCUUGUUGCUGAAGUUGGUUUUGAUUAUUUACAUGGCUGGCUAUGGAGAUACCAGAUGUCCAGAUAGCAACAUCACAGGUCCCUUGAAGUACAGCAGUGGAAUGAACAAUGCUACGUUUGCGGAGGCUGGUUCACAGAUGUUACUGGACUGUUGUUUUACUGGGUACACAAGUCUCGUGUGGUCGUAUCGCCUGACCCCGAAUGAUACCUGGGAAGACAUCAAAGUUACAAAUGUGUACAGACUCCAGGAAAACACAAGGAAUCAGACCUUGAUGAUUGUACCACCAGAUGACAGCUAUCCUCUAAAGGGAUACUACAGAUGUAUCGCCACAAAUACCCAGAAUGACACUCUCCUACAUAUGGUAGAAUUAAACAUUGCAGAUUCACUAGGACGAGCACAUCCUCGAGCAUUUGGCCCAUCAGCAGAUGCCUGUGCCACACUGGGUGGGACCAUCACUGUUAAUUGUUCAGCAGACUUCGGUCAUUUGGAUAACGGUCAAUGGAAUGUUCAGUGGUUUAGAUUUGAUAACGAAAGCAAAAAUAUAUCAAUGUUGUCGAACAAUGCUGCUGACAGUCCGACAACCCAAGUCAUCAACAAUGGAACAACUGGAUUUUUUACUAUCCAGCUUGUAAUACACAAUGUAUCGACAGCAGACAUUAAUAAGACCUUCAGAUGUUACGCUACCAGUGUCAGAGAGAAUACCAACGAGGUCUUCACUUUUGUCAUUAAACUUUGUCCCAAGGUCAUUCAAAUGACCCCAGUGGACAAGGCCAAGGUCAAUGCCUAUGCAGGAGUUGUCGCUGCGGCAGUGGUGGUUCUGAUCUUGUUAGUCAUUGUACCCUGUUAUCUGUUCAAACCACAGAUACACUACAAGCUGAUGUGUUUAUGUGAAGAGCAUGGAGGUUGGAGGCGACUCCCAACAGACCCUGUCAUUGAUUUUCCGUACGAUACAUUCAUAUCUCACAGUGAUGUGAGUAAGGACAGUGAUCUGGGGUUAAGUCUGAUGAAGGAUUUAGAAGAGGAACAUUACAAUGUAGUGAAUGAAACUAAUGAAGCCAAUGAACGAAAUUGCACAAUUAACGGUGUUAUUGAAGACCUUGUGAAGAACUCUGCAGCACUAGUUGUCAUUUCACCCUCGGAUGGCUCAGACCAAGGUUAUUUGGCUAGACUUGAUGCUAUUCUCCGGCUCAUGGAGUCCAACAGAUCAAACAAAUGUGUCACUGUGAUUCGUCACAAUGCUGGAGGAAAUGAGCAUAAUACUAAACUCAAGGGUCUCUCUCAUUUGACCUAUGAACCUAAAGGAAACAACACGAGACGGCGUAAAAACUUCCUUUGUGCGCUCAAGUUACGUAUUCGAGCUGCAAAGAAGUGUGGACAAAUGAUAAUGCCCCAAGAUAAAUUAGAUGCUCCUAAUGCAGUAGUAGUGUAAACCGCUAUUAAUACAGGUAAAAUUAAUUGAAGUUGAUAUCAAGGGAAGCCCAGCCGGUUACUUUUGACAAGUUGAUCACUUCUGUGGAGGUAAAAUCUGGUCCCAACUCUUCUCAUGUAGUUGCUCGCUUUACAUAUAAAUAUAUAAUGUUGUUACAUGGAUGACCUAUGUACUGGUCAUCGAUAUAAAUCUGUCUUUAAUUAUAUAUGACAAAGAUAUGCUGUAGCGUUCAGCAAGUGCGAAAUGACCAAGGUUGUAAUUUUUCUCCCAAUAGAGUUGAUACUAGUAUGUGUUGCUAUACACUGAUGGCAUACAUAUUCAUAGGUUUAAGGCGCAGAGGGUCUUUUGAAUAACUCUCAGCAUUCUAUACGACGUCAAAUUACACUUGUUGAAAUGUGAGUACAUGUAUCUAAAAGGCACUGUAUGCGUCUUGCCACAUUGCUCUUCAGGCAAUGACACGUAAAUAGUAUUAAAAUCAAAAAGAGAAUGGAUUCCGAUAGACAAAUAUAUAUCGGUUUCAACUGGAAAUGUUUGCUAUACCUGUACCUUUUUCACAUUCGUCCAACACAAUAAUGAUCAAGGCCAUUAGGUAUUGAAAUAUCCGUCCAUAAAAAUAAUACAAAUGUACUUCGUACGACAUUUCACCUUUUACAUAUGAGAACUGGCCUUGAAGUUCGGCUAUGUGUUUCGAAAUUAUGAUUAUGUAGUUUGUCAAUAGUAGUCUCCGACUAACAGUAUGAUCACCAGUGAGUUAAGUAGCUCCACUCUAAUAUUAACAGAAAUCUAUUGUUGUGUUUUUCCAUACUAUGGAGUCUUGGGAUAUUGUGACCAACCUCCAGGAUCAUCAAAUGAUCACGACGGGUUACCAAUCUCACAAACGUCACCAAAAAUUACAUUGUAUAUCAAAUGUGAUGGACUGGUUGUUACAUUUAUAUGACAUUCGCUUCAUACAAACCUUACGGAAAUACCAUGUUAAUAUUUCAUUUUUCGAAAUAAUGUCUUUUUAAGGAUUUGUAAUCCCAUAUAGUUUGGAUUCUUACAAGGAACGCCAUUUUGUAUUUUACUUUUGUUUGUAUGCAUCACUAAUUGUGUAUUUAGAGGAGUAUUUUUGCUACAAGUGUUGUUUAAAAUGUUUUCAUUUCCUACAGUAUUAUCUUAAUGUUGCACUCAUCCUUUUGCACUCAUCCAUUUUUCGAUUCACCGAUCGGACGUCGUGAAAAGGUAUGGGGUCACCUGCCCGGCCACCUGGAUGCUCAACGGUACUCCGGUUUCCUCGCACACUAAGACUCCAUUCGGGCCAACAUGCUUGCUUUCAUUUAUAUACAUAUAUGUAAGUUGAUAUCACUUGUUUCGCAAUUGUUAUACAAUAAAUAAAGUUUACAUUCAAUUACAUUAACAUAGUUGUCUGGCGAUUUCUAUAUCUGCCGAACAGUAACAGGAGCAAAGUUGUUGAUUGAUUGUAGAUUUUUAUGUUUGAUGAUCAAUAAUUAAAGCUUUAUUGUUUGUUUUGUAUAUAUUUGCUCAUCAAUCACGUAAGUGUAGUUGUUGGAUGAUUUAUAUAUAUUUGUUUAUCAAUAACACAAUCUUAAUUUUUAACUCAUUACAGAUUUCUAUAUAUUUUACCUACAUGUAUCUUUCAAUUGAGCUCAAAUGUUUAAUGAAACUUACAAUCUACGGCACUCAUUCACCUAGCCAGAAAUACCUGCAGCUCACACCGCUUCGCCAAAUCCACGUUCUUAAAAAGAACGUUGCAAUGGCGCAGUGGUGGUCGGCCCGGUAUCCUGACAUGAUCACAAUGACAAUUCGUACCUGGAUCGCAAUGUAUAAGCUGUGGGUAUUUCUGGCUAGGUGAUAGGGUGCCGUAGAUCGUGAAUUCGA